AUGAUUGAUAACAAUUAUAAAAUUCAUUCGCGAGUGACGUUGAUGCAGUAUUUACCCCAGAAACAGACGAUCACCACGACAUGUCGUAAAUAUUCAGGUCAUUUUUUUUACGGCAAUCAUAAAAGGUUUUCUCAUGAGAUUUUCAAUGUUAAAAGAAGAUCGUUUAUACUUUAUCUGAAUGUUUACUUCAACGCCAUCGCGAAAACUGAUUUUCUUCUCGAGAAGAUGAAUGAACUCAUAGAAUGA